CAAAUGCACGGGUUUCCCGGUACAAGAGAAUCAAGGAUGGCCGGAAAGACUCUAGGCCGAUCAUCGGGGUCCUUAAAUGCCCCUAUAGCUGCCUUCACCAUGGCACUGCUCCUGGGAUCCUACUGCAUCAGCUCGAUUCAUACCGCUCGUCGUGAGGCACAAUCCGCUUCAAGUACCACCACCACGCCCCGGCCGAAGAGGACAAAGACGCAGUCUUCAUGGGUGCAGCAAGCACUGGAGAGGGAGAAGGGGUCUAAUUGAUUGUGUUUGAAGGGUGUAUUGUACAACUACAAUGAUCGCUGGACGUUCGAAAUAUCUUCAAACUUUGCCGAAUGAUUCCACUCAACCACACUAAACUAGCAACCAAACUAUCGAAGACAGCCAAAACCAAACAACCAUAUCAAUCAAUCCAUUAUCAGAAUUUUCA